UUCACAGAAUAUUACAUGUAAAAAAGGAGUAUUUAUUUUUUCGAUAACAUAUUACAAUUUGCGUACAAAAACACAUUGCUGAAAACUCACUCGGGUUUUCUAACUUGUUUCUACUCACAUACACUAUAUCGCCGGAUUUCUGAAUCAAAACAAAAACACUGACAAUUGAAAGAAAAAUUAUUUGCGAGUAAGAAAACUUUUAUUUUUGAUAAUACCCACUUUUGUUUGUGUUAUUCAAAAUGCCUUUAAACCUAACGCAUUUGCAACGCUGCAUCAUCUCGACGGCAUUUUAUGUUGUGUGCUUCGUGGGUAUUACGCGCACUUUAUCGAGUUCCAAACAAAAAAUAAUAUGUUUCGUUUCUCGGCAGAUUCUUGAAAUUGUGGCUUGUGCGCUCAUCUACGACAUGACCGACUCCGACUGCAUAGGAGCGCGUGAGAUCUCUACAUUCAUGUGGUGGUCAGGUCUUUUAGUCUUUAUUCCCAUUAUACCGGAUAUAUUGUACUGCAUCAUGGGCAUACUAAUAUCGGAGCCAUUCUAUGCAGCACUGGGCGGCUGCUAUAACAUUGUGAUGUUCUGUGUGUGCGUAUUGGCCUGCAUAUUUGCCUUUCUCUCGGUUACGGGUUGUGGAAAUCCGAAACAGACGACAGUUUUAGUAGUUGGUGUAAUUGAACUUAUUGCUGGCAUAGUACAUCUGGUAUUCAUAUGGUUUAUCAAGGAGAAUCUCGAUGAAGGCGAAGUUUUAUUUAGUAAAAAUUUUUAAAGCAAAUGUUGGCGACUAAUGUUUAUAUAUGUAAUCUACGAGCCUUGCAUAUUAUAAUAUGUGGA